AUGUAUCCCACUGCCGGAGCUACAGAGAUGUUUGAGGGACCCCGUUCUUCUGGGUCAGCCAGUUCUGAUCCGCCAUCUUCCCCAGUGCCAGAGUAUGUGUUCAAGCCACCCUCAAGGCCAGAUUUUGGCACCAUGGGCAGGACAAUCAAACUCCAGGCCAAUUUCUUCGAGAUGGAAAUCCCUAAACUGGAAGUGUACCAUUAUGACAUUGACAUCAAGCCAGAAAAAUGUCCCAGGAGGGUCAACCGUGAAAUUGUGGAGCACAUGGUCCAGCACUUUAAAACCCAGAUUUUUGGGGAUCGAAAGCCAGUGUAUGACGGCAGGAAGAACCUGUACACAGCCAUGCCUUUGCCAAUCGGCAGAGAUAAAGUGGAGCUUGAAGUGACCAUUCCAGGAGAAGGAAAGGACCGUAGCUUCAAAGUGUCCAUUAAGUGGGUUUCCUGCGUCAGCCUGCAAGCUUUGCACGAGGCGCUGUCGGGUCGGUUACCCAGUGUCCCAUUUGAGACCAUUCAAGCUCUAGAUGUGGUCAUGAGACAUUUGCCCUCUAUGAGGUAUACUCCAGUGGGUCGUUCUUUCUUCACUCCCUCAGAGGGUUGUUCAAACCCACUGGGUGGUGGCAGAGAGGUGUGGUUUGGCUUCCACCAAUCUGUCAGGCCUUCCCUUUGGAAAAUGAUGCUGAAUAUUGAUGUUUCGGCCACCGCGUUUUAUAAAGCUCAGCCUGUCAUUGAGUUCAUGUGCGAGGUCUUGGAUUUCAAAAGCAUUGAAGAACAACAGAAGCCCUUAACAGACUCUCAAAGAGUUAAAUUUACCAAAGAAAUUAAAGGCCUGAAAGUAGAAAUCACACAUUGUGGGCAGAUGAAGAGGAAAUACAGAGUGUGCAAUGUGACUAGAAGACCAGCCAGCCAUCAAACGUUCCCCCUGCAACAGGAAAACGGCCAAACAAUUGAAUGCACCGUGGCGCAGUACUUCAAAGAUAAGUACAAACUAAUGCUGCGAUACCCGCACCUGCCAUGUCUACAGGUGGGCCAGGAGCAAAAGCACACCUAUCUACCUCUAGAGGUGUGUAACAUAGUUGCUGGACAGCGCUGUAUCAAAAAACUGACAGACAAUCAGACCUCAACCAUGAUCCGAGCCACGGCUAGAUCGGCACCAGACCGUCAGGAUGAAAUUAGUAAACUGAUGAGAAGCGCCAACUUCAACACCGACCCAUACGUUCGUGAAUUCGGAGUGAUGGUGAGGGACGAGAUGACUGAAGUGAACGGCCGUGUCCUGCAAGCACCCUCCAUUCUGUAUGGAGGCAGGAACAAGGCGAUCGCCACGCCAAUCCAGGGUGUUUGGGACAUGAGGAACAAGCAGUUCCACACCGGUAUUGAAAUCAAAGUGUGGGCUAUUGCGUGCUUUGCGCCGCAGAGACAGUGCACUGAACUUUUGCUCAAAGCAUUCACGGAUCAGCUCAGGAAGAUCUCCCGAGAUGCAGGCAUGCCCAUUCAGGGUCAGCCCUGCUUCUGCAAGUACGCCCAGGGCGCGGACAGCGUGGAGCCCAUGUUCAGACACCUCAAGUACACAUUCCAAGGUCUACAGCUAGUUGUCGUCAUCCUACCAGGGAAGACUCCAGUCUACGCUGAAGUGAAGCGCGUCGGAGAUACAGUCCUCGGCAUGGCCACGCAGUGCGUGCAGGUGAAGAACGUGCAGAAGACAACACCGCAGACCCUCUCCAACCUCUGUCUGAAGAUUAAUGUCAAGCUGGGUGGCGUCAACAACAUCCUGCUUCCUCAGGGACGGCCGUUGGUGUUUCAGCAGCCCGUCAUCUUUCUUGGUGCUGAUGUAACUCAUCCUCCUGCAGGAGAUGGAAAGAAGCCCUCUAUUGCAGCUGUUGUAGGUAGCAUGGACGCCCACCCCAGCCGAUACUGCGCCACCGUUCGGGUCCAGCAGCACCGUCAGGACAUCAUCCAGGACCUUGCCACCAUGGUGAGAGAGCUACUCAUUCAGUUCUACAAGUCCACCCGAUUCAAGCCCACCAGAAUCAUCUACUACCGGGAUGGGAUCUCUGAAGGCCAGUUCAAUCAGGUUCUUCAGCACGAACUCCUAGCAAUCCGCGAGGCCUGCAUUAAACUGGAGAAGGAUUACCAGCCUGGUAUCACUUUUGUGGUGGUCCAGAAGAGGCACCACACCAGGCUGUUCUGUACAGAAAGGAAUGAGAGGGUUGGGAAGAGCGGCAACAUUCCCGCAGGCACGACAGUGGACACAAAAAUCACUCACCCAUCUGAAUUCGAUUUCUACCUUUGCAGUCACGCUGGCAUUCAGGGUACCAGCCGACCGUCUCACUACCACGUGCUCUGGGACGACAAUCACUUCUCCUCCGACGAGCUGCAGGUGCUCACCUACCAGCUGUGCCACACGUACGUGCGAUGCACCCGCUCCGUUUCCAUCCCGGCGCCGGCCUACUACGCCCACUUGGUAGCAUUCCGCGCUCGCUAUCACUUGGUGGACAAAGAGCACGACAGCGCUGAGGGGAGCCACACAUCAGGUCAAAGCAACGGACGGGACCAACAAGCCUUGGCUAAAGCUGUUCAAAUCCACCAGGACACCCUGCGCACAAUGUACUUCGCCUGA